AGGACUCGCUUUCCCAGCAGUCCGCGCGGCGCCGAGCAGCGGAGCCGGGUCCGGCCGCGCCGCGGGGGCCGCUGGGAGUUGUAGUCCCGCUCCCCAGCGCGCACACACCCGCGGGGGGCGCCCAGGCCUGGCGCCGGCCUGCGCCGCCUCCGGGCUGGGGGCAGCGUGAGGCGGGCGGUCGCGGCCCGGAGCCGCAUCCGGGGCCGCUGGCCCUGCCCGGGGCGGUGCCGCGGCCUGCAGCCCGGCAGCCGGUCCCCCGCGGUCUGAGGGGCCGCCGGGGCCUCCUCGCCGCCCGGGCGGGCUGACAGGCCGGCGGCAGGCAGCCGGCUUCGCCUCGGUUUAGCCGAAGCAGCGGUCCGGGCGGCGCGGGGUGGUUAAAACUAAACUAAUUUUCCUCCCCGCUGCGUUAGUCUGGCCUGAACCGACACCCUGCCGAGCCCGGGAGAUGAUGCUGUGGGGCGGGAGGAGGGUCGGUGGCUGCUUCUGGCCGAGGUCCCUCGUUUGGGUGUUAACAAAGCAAUGCCCCAUUGCUUAUCAAACCCGAUGGCCCGGGUGCUGUAGGCAUGUUAUGGUGCUGAAGUCAACCUUGAGGACACCUUAGUGCCUCGUGUAUUCCUCACAGCUUACUGGAGUAGGCAGUGGUGAGACUAACACAAAAAGACAAUAGUGAUCCUGCCCUUGGAGCUCUUUUCUCUUCUAUUUCCCACUCUUGGAAUCCAUGUCAGAAAGAGCGGAAGGUUACAAGAAGAGAUUCUACAGCUGACCGAUUAGUGAUUCCAGCAGAGGGGUGGAUACUAAAAAUGUCAAAAAUCACUACAGAACUCCUUUUGGAAAGAGCAGUCCCAAGAUCUACAAGGCUUCGAAAGAUUGAGACACUGAACCUGUCCAAGCUGCAGUUGAAGACUGGAGACUUAGACCCGCGUUUGUUUUCCCGUCUGAGGCAUCUGCAGAAACUAGAUCUCUCUGAUAAUUUACUGGACAAAUUUCCCAGCAGUCUAACCCUGCCUGAUCUGCGUGUCCUAAACUGCAACAACAACAAACUGGAAGAUGUAACUGCUUUGAAACAGUUCCCUCUGCUCGAGGAGCUGACUUAUGAGAACAAUGUGUACUUGACACUCAAUGAUGACUAUAAAGUAAUGUUUCUUUUGCAAAAUCUUCGGCUACUCAAUGGCAAGGAUAUAACCAAACUGGCUAAUCACGUGAGGCGUGUCAAUAGUCGUAAGCUGACCAGCAAGCAUACACCAGGAACAAGGAUUUGUUCUUUCUUCUUCAGCUGUGCAUGUUUGGAACUGUAUUUUCACUCAUUUACGUACACAGUUUCGCUCCUGCCAGAUUGUCCUCACAAAGCACGUGAUCUUGAGCAAAACUAUUGUUCUGUUAUGAAAAAGGUUACUGCUCACUGGAAAAAAUUCUUUCGUGACCAACUUCCUGAGAAAUACACAGCUGAACAAGUGAAGGCCAUCAAGAAGAAGUUCCUGAAGUCAGUGCAAACCAAUGUAGUGUAUGGACCCAGCUCACUCAGUGAGUUCACCCGCUGGCGGGUGAAAAUGAUUGCAGAAGAGUUUCUGGCAUAUUCACUGGGUCUGGAGUUAAACACAGAUCCUGAACCAGAGGAGGCGAGGGAUGAGAAUGAGGAGGAAAGUACAGAAAGCCCCAGGGAAGCUGCAGAGGUUGUGGAUCAGGUCACAGUAGUGCCCAGCAAGAGGAAAAGAAGUAAUUCAAAAGCAGGCUCUGGAAACAAGAGAGCCAAGUCCCAGGCAAAGACCAAGGAGGCAGCUGCAGUUAAUCCCAGAAAGUCCAGUUGUGUGCAAGAUGAGCCAGUUCCUGAUAAACCAAGAACAUCGGACCAGCCAGCCAAAGAGGCAACCCCUGAGCAGGGAGCUGAAGAGACAGAUGGGAAUGGAGAGCAGUUUCCCAAGGGGCAAAGCAACAGAAGAUCCAGCCAGCUGCCAGGGGAACAGAAAAGCCAGGAGCAGGACAACGGAGUUGUUAGCUUGAUCCCAGUGAAGAACUCCAAGGGUAAGGAGGAUGUCAGUGCAGAGCCAUUGCAUUUUCUUCAGUGUCACAGUAAAGGCAACAGCCGCGAGGAUUUUAAAACGCAGCUCUGGUCCUGUGUCUUCGAGCCAUUGCUAGACUGUGGAGCCAGGAAAGAUCCCAUUGUGAGCUCCUCCAGAACUGUGGCAACGUGUGGAGGGGAAUCUGUCUGUCUGAUUGAUUGUGAGACGGGGACGGUGCUGAAAAAGUAUAAGGUGACUACAGAGGAGUUUUUCAGUGUUGCAUGGACAACCCUCACAAUGGUAAUCAGCGACAGUCGGAAAAAAUCUCAUAAUAUCUUGGCAGCUGCUGGGAGGAGAGGGAUCGUCAAACUGAUUCAUGUGGCAGCUGACUUCUGCUAUGGAGAGAUAAAGGCUCAUAAAAAGCCCAUUGCUACUGUCUGCUUCAGCCCAACUCGAGAAACUCACCUCUUCACUGCAUCCUAUGACAAGCGAAUUGCACUCUGGGAUAUUGGGAUUCCAGACUGUGACUACAAUUUCAAAGCAAGCCAGCUGCUGGUGCUGGAAGCGCUCUCUAUUCCCUUACGGAUUGCCCUGGUCCCCACCUGCCCAGAUCAGUACCUGCUCGCUGGCUGUGAAGGCGGCUGCUUUGCGUGGAAUAUAAAACUGGAUAAGGAACAAAAAAGCAGGCCUUUUGAAGUCCUAUUCCAGUUUCCUGAUGAAGAUGGAGGCAUGUCAACAUCUCACAGAGUUGAUGGUGUGGCUUUUCUGAAUGAUGAUAUUGUUGUUUCCAAGAGCUCCAAGCUGGGCUGCAUAUACUUAUGGAGCUGGAGUCGGUCUUUUGACACAAAGGGGAAGGGAUGCCAGCGAACGGUCGCCGCGUUUAUUUUAGCUGAGCUGGAGUGGUCCACGACAGACCUGUCCUACUUGACGCUCAGCACCUGCCCAGCAAAAGACUAUGUGUUCUGUGGCGAUGAGAAGGGAAGCGUGUGGAUGUACAACCUCUCCAAAUACAUCACAGCAUGGAGCUCUGCAAAGGGAAAACGCUCAGACAAGAGGAUCCCUCCCUCACAGAUUCUCCAGUGGCCAGAGCUUCGCACCAACAGUGAGCAGCUGACUGAAGUCCUAAUAAACAAUGUGGUGUCAGACCCUACUUUUACUUACCUUGUUGUUCUAACUAGUGUGAACAUAACAGCAAUUUGGAAGAAGUCAUAGUCCCUCAUAACAGAUUUUCAUUCCCGUGCUUUGAGAUAGUGCAGUAUUAGUGACCAUUACCCAUGUAAUCAUGAAGUUUUCUAGAUCAGCUAUUACAUGCAAGAAAAAAAAAAAAAAAGGAAAAGGUAAGAGUUUGUAAAACUCAUCGAGUCAGUGUAAACAUCCAGUUUCUUUUACUGUAAGUUUCCACAAUUUGUGCAUUUGUUUUAAAGAAAUGACACUUAAUAAAACAAAAUACCAGCUCA